CUCGCUCGCUCGCUCGCUCGCCCGCCCACGCGCCGCCGAAACAAUCCCCGCCGCCGCCGCCGUUGACGCCGACUCGAGGGCUGGGUUCGGGAGAGACCAGAUCGAUUUUUGGGAUGGAGUGCAUCGCCGAGAUGCCGCCCGCGCCGCUCGACCGCCGCCCGCGCAAGCGGCAGCGGUUGGGCUGGGACGUCGGCCCCGCGGAGUUCCAUCAGUUUCAGCUUGGAUUUUGCGGGCAAGAAGUUGCAAACGCCAUCAGUGCUGUGGCGUUGGGGCUCUCUUCGGGUGGUAUUGUUUCUUCUCAGGAGAACCAAGAGCUCCAUCGUUUGGCUUCCCCUCCACUGAGAGAAGAUGACAAGGAUGGCCAUUAUGUUUUUGCUGUGGGAGAUAACCUCACAUCUCGCUAUAGGAUCAAUGCUAAAAUGGGCGAAGGUACCUUUGGUCAGGUGUUGGAAUGUUGGGAUAGGGAAAGGAAAGAAAUGGUGGCUAUCAAGAUCAUCAGGGGCAUAAAGAAGUACAGGGAUGCUGCAAUGAUAGAAAUUGGCAUGCUCGAGCAGCUUGGUAAAUAUGACAAAAGUAGAUCCAGUUGUGUUCAAAUUCGGAACUGGUUUGACUAUCGUAACCAUAUCUGUAUUGUCUUUGAGAGGCUUGGACCAAGCUUAUACGAUUUUCUGCGGAAAAACAAUUACCGCUCAUUCCCAAUUGCCCUAGUUCGGGAGGUUGCCAAACAACUGUUGGAAUGCAUAGCAUUUAUGCAUGAAUUGCGCCUCAUACACACUGAUUUAAAGCCUGAGAACAUUCUUCUUGUUUCUCCAGAGUACAUUAAAGUGCCCGAUUACAAAGUUUCAUCCCGAUCCACAAAGGAGGGCUCCUAUUUCAAGCAGUUGCCCAAGUCUAGUGCCAUCAAGGUGAUUGAUUUUGGUAGCACUACCUAUGGUCAACAAGACCAGACUUAUGUGGUAUCUACUAGGCAUUAUCGAGCUCCAGAAGUCAUUUUGGGACUUGGAUGGAGUUAUCCAUGUGAUAUCUGGAGUGUUGGUUGUAUUCUGGCUGAGCUUUGCACGGGAGAGGCAUUAUUUCAGACCCAUGAAAACUUGGAACAUCUGGCUAUGAUGGAGAGGGUGUUCGGACCUUUACCAUACCAUAUGCUUAAGAGGGCAGAUCGACAUUCUGAGAAAUACAUCAGAAAAGGUCGUUUGAAUUGGCCUGAAGGUUGCACUUCGCGGGAGAGCAUGAAAGCUGUGAUGAAACUGCCCAGGCUUCACAAUCUGGUCAUGCAAAAUGUGGAUCAGUCUGCUGGGGAUUUCAUCGAUCUUUUGCAAGGGUUGCUGAAGUGUGAUCCAGCAAGCCGCCUAACAGCACAAGAGGCGCUGAGGCAUCCAUUCUUGGCAGGAGUGAGCGAGCGGAGAUGAUACGCCUCAACCUUUGUAGGAGGAUGAUGCCUCAUCUGUGUUGUCCAACUUGUGAUGUGUUCAAAGUCAUUACUCUGACAGCUUGGAAUGUUUCUAACAUGAGCAUCUGUAUGUACAGAACAACCUGUAUGUAGUUGAAGUGAAGUUGUUUCAAUCUUGUUAGAAACGUAUUGUCAACUGGUGAUUUAUCAUACUUUGUUUAGAGGGGAAAUCAAAUGGAUACAUUUGACCCCAAAUCCUGACCGAGUUUGAUUUGUACAUGCCCUAUCCACGGACCGGGUGGACAAGUUCGGUUUGAUCAUAAUGAAUUGGCACAAGAA